AUGAAACCUGAUGGGAAAUUGAUUUACGUUUAUUUGGUUGGGAUUUGGAAUGUAGUUCAAGGCAAGUUAGGUUUGUUUUAUACCUGAUAUUCGGGGUAUAGCAUCAUUUAAAACAAACAUUUUUAGCUGUAAAAUUCUAUGGAGGAAUUCCCGUCCCAGGCCGACGAGUUCCGGCCAUCAGAUUCCUCGAGUAUUAUCUGGAUUCUUGCAGCAAACCCAAGGACAAAAACAGUGCCUUUGAUGAGCUCAAUAUGGCAAGUAUAAGGAACUAUUUUUUGUUGUCCGCAUUCAGUCUUUUCGCUGUCCGCAAAUCGACUUCUCACUGUCCGCAAUUGAGAAUUUUUUUCUGUCCGCACUUCUACUGUCCGCAAAUAAAAUUUUUGAUGUCCGCAUUCAAAACAACUUGUUCUAGGCACCUGGCAAGGCCUUUUUUCGAUACUUCUGACUGCCACAUUACACUUGACAUCAAUAUUAUUCAAAAUUCGAGGUGUGAUGUUGCACUUGAUACCAAUAAUAUUCAAAGUUAGGGCUGUGAUAUUGCAGUGGUUACCAAUAUUAUUUAAAAUUAAGGUUGCCAUAUUGCACUUGAUAUCAAUAAUAUUCAAAAUUGGGGGUGUGAUCUUGCAUAGUACUGGAAUGUGGUUUACAGGAUUUUUAGAGCAUGUCUGGUAAUUUUUGGGGCCAGUGGUGCCCCUCUAUUUUUUUUAACAAAAUUUUUUUAUUUGCGGACAGUGAGAAUCUCCGUGACUUUUCACUGUCCGCAAAUGAAAUUCUUGGCCAAAUGGCCAUGUUUGGGGUGGGAUUGGGCCAAGAUGAUUCUGAAAUGUGAUUUACAUGAUUUUUAGAGCAUGUCUGGUAAUUUUUGGGGCCAGUGGUGCCCCUCUAUUUUUUUUAACAAAAUUUUUUUAUUUGCGGACAGUGAGAAUCUCCGUGACUUUUCACUGUCCGCAAAUGAAAUUCUUGGCCAAAUGGUCAUGUUUGGGGUGGGACUGGGCUGAGAUGAUUCUGGAAUGUGAUUUACAGGAUUUUUAGAGCAUGUCUGGUAAUUUUUGGGGCCAGUGGUGCCCCUCUAUUUUUUUUUAACAAAAUUUUUUUAUUUGCGGACAGUGAGAAUCUCCGUGACUUUUCACUGUCCGCAAAUGAAAUUCUUGGCCAAAUGGUCAUGUUUGGGGUGGGACUGGGCUGAGAUGAUUCUGGAAUGUGAUUUACAGGAUUUUUAGAGCAUGUCUGGUAAUUUUUGGGGCCAAUGGUGCCCCUCUAUUUUUUUUUAACAAAAUUUUUUUAUUUGCGGACAGUGAAAAGUCACGGAGAUUCUCACUGUCCGCAAAUAAAAAAAUUUUGUUAAAAAAAAAUAGAGGGGCACCACUGGCCCCAAAAAUUACCAGACAUGCUCUAAAAAUCCUGUAAACCACAUUCCAGUACUAUGCAAGAUCACACCCCCAAUUUUGAAUAUUAUUGAUAUCAAGUGCAAUAUGGCAACCUUAAUUUUAAAUAAUAUUGGUAACCACUGCAAUAUCACAGCCCUAACUUUGAAUAUUAUUGGUAUCAAGUGCAACAUCACACCUCGAAUUUUGAAUAAUAUUGAUGUCAAGUGUAAUGUGGCAGUCAGAAGUAUCGAAAAAAGGCCUUGCCAGGUGCCUAGAACAAGUUGUUUUGAAUGCGGACAUCAAACAUUUUAUUUGCGGACAGUAGAAGUACGGACAGAAAAAAAUUCUCAAUUGCGGACAGUGAGAAGUCGAUUUGCGGACAGCGAAAAGACUGAAUGCGGACAGUGAAAAGCUCGUCCCAAGUAUUAGGUUGAUACAAAAGUUUUUACACAUUUUUUUGAGACACUUCAAAAUAAAAUUCCUAGAGCCUGAUUGAAUGUACGUUAAAACUGAAAGCAUAGAUGUAUGGGGCAGAACAUUGCAAAAUUUUUGAUUCGUGGCAUUUUAUUUUCUACAAGCUUCCUUUCAGAAUAUUUCAAAAAUACUAAAAAUUUCUCCGUUUGUGUCAUCGUGAAUAUCCUGGGCCCUAGCAAUUUUCCAGCCCACUAAAAAGUCUCGGGUUUUGGGUUAUUCGUACUGGGGAUGGCUGUAGUUUCUUCUGAAUUUAUUGCUCUACUUAUAUCUACACUGACAUUUUUUGUAGCAUCCCAUAAAGUUGGCCGGAGAGCCGAGCUACCGAUCAAAAGCAGAUUUUUAAAAAUUUUUUGAAAGGAGUUAGAUUUUUUUGACUCGGCUGCCAUUCAGGUUGUACAAAGACAGUAUGCUGAUGAUACAUUCGAAAAGUCACCAACUGAAAUUGCCUUAUAAGGUAGAAAAGUAGCAUAAACUGCAUUUUUAGGUGAAUUUUUGUAAUUUUUUUACUGGUAGGGCAAGAGGACCUUCAGCUUAGCGCGUCUAGCAACUGAUAGUGUAUGUCAAGUAGGAUCAAUUAUUUAUUAAAUAACUAGGAUACCGGGCGAGAGUAAUGAACAGAAAACGUUUUUGUAAAAAUCCCCUAAAUUUCGUAAAAUAUUGGUAGAUUAAAAAGAUUCGAUUUUUCUGCCGCAUAGCUAAAGCUAGCGCGAAUGUUUAGCAUUGGCGUUGUAGUGCUACUCAUACACUACAAUAACAGAAAGCGUUAUCUCUUAGUGCUUCUAAUAGCUGCGUCUACAGGGUCUACUUUUGCCAGACCCUAAUUUUUGAUUUUUCGCACUAAAAAUUUUUCGACUAGCCCUAUAGCAAAUUGUCCUCGAUGCCAUAGAGAUUACAUACAGGCAUACCAUAUUCUAGAAUAUUAAGAAGAUACAGCCACUCUAGACGUAACGCCGGUGGUUUACUUUUUCUUCCUUCGAGUAGUUAAGGUUUAACACGGCGCUACUACUACAAAUUGCUAAGUUGUAAAAAGUUAUUAAUCUACUAUAAUCUACAAACAGCCCUCUUUCUAACAAGAUAUAUAUCAGGCCCACUGGCCUUGGUCUAAAUUUUUUAAAAUUUUUUAAAGACAUGUGUAAAAACUUUUGUAUCAACCUAAUAUAAUAUAAAAAUUCCUAAUUUUUAUAUUCCCAAAUUUUAGUUGCUCCGUCAGGUUGUGAACGAAGAGAUUGCCGAGAAAACCGUGAACAAUAUGUACUUCGCAGUGGACGAUGUGAACAUUGAUCAUCUGAUGGGGCGCUGGGUUACGGUAGUCGACUCCCCGUUCCUCCAUCGGCAAUAUUGUGCGGUAAAUUACUUCAGAUUGAGUGAGAAGACCAAGUAUACGGCUGAUUUUGUGACUCAUCAGACGUCGAGGAAUUCGGAGGAAGUGGUCACUUACAAUGGAUUUGGCCAGAAAGUGGGGCCAGACCCGGGGUCCGUGUUUAUUCACACCGGGAAUCCGAGUGAUCCAUGUCCGUGUAAGUUGAUUUGGAAUGAUUUCAAGUAGUCUAGACACAAUUUCAAAAGAUUUUCGAGAAAUUUAAAAAAAUUUUAAUAAUUAAAAAAAAAUGAGAAAAAACUUUUUUAGUUAUCCCCGUUAAAGUUGGCCCUUCUUCCAAGAAAUCGGGCCAAUUUGAGUAUGUGAUCCUGACGACCCCCCUGAAGACGCCCACCGUUGUCCUGGCCCGUGAUGCGCGCCUUUUCCAGAAAGAGUAUCGGGCCGAGGUGGAGGAUUAUCUCAAGAGAUUCAAUUACUUGAAUCCGGUGACCGCCCUCAAUCAGCCACUCCACUUUCUGAAUGUCAGCAAUUGUAACACCUAUCAGCAUUUUGAUUACGAUCUCGGGAUGGAUGACUGA